AAUAUGCGAGACGGGGCCCAGCUCACGUGAACGUGAAGGUCAAUGACGCAACAAAAAGGUCAGUUGCUCACACUUCCGGUCACGUCCGAAUGUCAAACUGAGAGCGUGGUAAGUUACAAAAGAUCCAGGAGGUGUCUGCCAUUUCGAUAUAGCUACAUAUUCCGUUUUUAGAAAAUCUGUUGAAGGUAAAUGCCAGACAACAUGUCAACAGAUGCAAAUCGUGUGGAACCCCCACAGUGGGAAGAUUCAGUGAAGGCAGAAAACAAAUUAUGGCGGAAAGCAAAAGAAGCACCAUUUGUGCCAAUAGGAAUCCUUGGCCUACUGGGUGCAGUCACAUAUGGAGCAGUGAUGUAUAAGAAUCGAGGACGAAUGUCCACUUCAGUGUACCUCAUGAAGUUUCGUGUCAUCGCUCAGGGCAUGGUGGUAGGAGCCAUGACAAUAGGCGUCGGCGCCGCGGUUUUGCCUGGACUCUGGAAGAAAUAUGUCACAGAUUCCAAGAGCGGAGGGGGGAGCUAAUAACAGAAAUCCUAGGACUGUUAAAGCAAUGUUUGUCAAUACAAUGGAACUAAGAACUGCCGAUUAUUUAUUUUGAAGAAUCCAUUUUGAAAUGCCUUGCAUCAUAAAGGUUCAUCAUGGGAACAAAUAUAGGUGUUUUCAUUAGUCUGGCUGAAUUGCUAUGAAUGUCGCAAGUCUAUGUUACAGUUUUGGAGUUUUUGGAUCGACUUAGCAGUUAUAGUUUGGCAUGAAAUGCAGUGGACCCGGGUUUUUUUAAAUAUCUCUUCAUCCAAUAACCCAAUCGAUCUCAAACUGUGCAAGUGGAUGUUUUGUCAGACAACCUAAUCACAUUA